AUGAAAAGUGACAAUUUCUCCACUUUCCAAGUCGAGUCUUCAGUCUUCAACGCGAGGCACCACUGGAAAAAGGCCGUUGUUUACAUUCCAGCUCCUCUAAGGAACAACACAAAACGAGAGGACCAACCAGCGCGUGUCUUCGAAGAUGGCAAGGCUUCUGUUGACGGGGAUGAUGAGGGAAAUGAAAGCGUAGGCGGGAGGCCCUCAUCAUCCAUCCACUGCGCGAUGUCCACCAAGGCGAGCAACUGCCAGUCAGACCAGAGUGCCAUGCGGCUCUGCGGGUCGGCACUUGGCACCCCGAGGAGAAGCUCGGUGGAGGAGGAGGAGGAGGAGGAUGAGGAGGAGAAACCCCCUUGGACGCAGAGCCGCCAUGCUGCCCACGUUCAUAUUGAUCCCGACGUUGACCUCCCCGUCCGAACCCGAGGCCGAGGUCACGAGAGGCUGAAAGCCAUCCGGGAGGGCGUGGCUAAAUGGAAAUUUCCCGCCAGACAGCCAACGAAGAUCCUCCCCCCACCCCCUACCUGGCAGCGUCCCCAGUCUUGGUCUCUUCAGCUCCAGCAUUCGCUGCCGGAGAUGGAGGGCGUCGUAUCCGACGACCUGCGUCUGCGCAUAGAGCGCAUCCUAUCCUACCCCGCCGGAGGAGGGACAGGAGCCGAGGAAUCGGCUCUAGAGUCAGCUGUUUCCAACGAACAAGAGGAAGACAGAGAGCCCGCAGGAGCUCUGCUUCAGGAUUACCUAGAUCAGCUGGAUCCUGAGGAAGAUGAAGAAGAAGAGGAGGAGGCAGAGGAGGAUGAACUGAUCUUUCAAAAUUCUGACAACGAGGAAAGCGACGCCGACCUUCUCUUCGACCCCGAAAAGGAGAUCUACACGACCCCUUAUUUGGUGUUCCUUCAGCAGUCAAGGUCAAGGAGGAGGGAUCCCAUCCAGCCGACCCGGGUUGAGGAUGACCAAGACGAGGCAAAGGAAGAAGGCGAAGAAGAAGGCGAAGGAGAGGAAGAGAAUGACCGCGACGAAAAUGACCUCUCCAGCAGUGGCAGCAGAGAGGGGGCGAAGGGGCGCAACGAUUUUCGUUCCAGUGGGCCUACUACGGACAGGACCCUCCCUGACAGCAAGGACCUGCCAACUCCCCAUUCGGGCAACGUCGAUGACGCCCAGGAGCCUCUGGCGGGAGUGAGUCUACAGGUCAGGCGCCCCUCCAGAAGCGCAGGGAGCAAAUCGCAAGACGACGAGGACCAAGCCUCCGACGACAGCCCGGAAGAGGACGCUGACGAUGACCCGGCCGAAGCGGGAGAGUCAGGGGAAGGCGCGCAGGGGAAAAAGAAGAAGAAAAAGAAGAAAAAGAAAAAGAAGAAGAAGAGGAGGAGAGGGCCCCACGGCGAGAUGGUCGGAGAGGAGACGGAAGAGGAAGUGAGACUGGCCAAGAUGGAGGAGCUGAAGAAGUCGGUGGCUUUGAAUCUCUACAGGGAGUUCGUCAAGACAGUUUACGUGAAGAAGUACCCAGAUUUCCAUCUCUUCAGCAGCUUCGAAGAGCAGGACAUUUCAAAAGAUGCCGAGGCUAUGAAGAUCCCGGGAGAUAUGUAAGGAAGCUUAAAUUGCUUUCGAAAGGGUACUCUCAAUUCAGCAUUUAAAAAUUAAUGACUAAAUAAAA